AUGGAGGAGUACCCCGGUCCCCCCAGUGACUUUGCAUCAGACGACAGAGACUCAGGUUUCAUUCCCCCUCACAAUCAUCAGGGAGAUUAUGAUGACCCACAGCACUGGAGUCAUUCUGAUGACUCUGAGGUGGAGCACAUUAUGCAGGAGUCCCCUCUGCCAGAGCCUCUGCAGGCCCCUGGCUCUCCUGGCUCUCCUGGGGUGCGCAGUCAUGUGGUUGGUGAAUAUCCUGCCAGUCCAUCACUGCUGCGCCCCCCUGUGGCAGGCAGUGCUCAGUCAGACUCCAGCUCAGAGGCCACUGGCUCACGGUGCAGGAGUGUGGAGUUUGACCUGUCGUCUCCGGUCAGUCCGUCCAGACCCAAGAGCCCCUGGGGCCUGUUUGACCCCUAUGAAAACUCUGAGGAUCAAGACAAGGAAUAUGUUGGUUUUGCCACUCUCCCAAACCAAGUUCACAGGAAGUCUGUUAAGAAAGGAUUUGACUUCACUCUCAUGGUGGCAGGUGAAUCUGGGCUGGGUAAGUCCACCCUGGUCAAUAGCCUAUUUCUAACAGACUUAUACAAAGACAGGAAACUGCUCAAUGCUGAAGAGAGAAUCACACAGACUGUGGAGAUCACCAAACACACUGUGGACAUCGAGGAGAAAGGAGUCAAACUCAAGCUGACUAUUGUGGACACUCCGGGCUUUGGAGAUGCUGUUAAUAACACUGAAUGUUGGAAGUCUGUGGCAGACUACAUCGACCAGCAGUUUGAGCAGUACUUCAGGGACGAGAGCGGACUCAACCGCAAGAACAUCCAGGACAACCGUGUGCACUGCUGCCUCUACUUCAUCUCUCCUUUCGGCCAUGGUCUUCGUCCUCUUGAUGUGGAGUUUAUGAAAGCUCUUCAUGAAAAGGUGAAUAUUGUGCCAGUUUUAGCAAAAGCAGACACGCUCACCCCCAUUGAGGUCAAGAAAAAGAAAAUGAAGAUCAGAGAAGAAAUUGAACAAUAUGGGAUUCAAAUCUACCAGUUCCCAGACUGUGACUCAGAUGAAGACGAGGACUUUAAACAGCAGGACCUUGAACUAAAGGACAGUAUUCCUUUUGCUGUAAUAGGCAGCAACACUGUUGUGGAGGCCAAAGGCAAGAGGGUCAGAGGUCGCCUGUAUCCUUGGGGUAUUGUUGAAGUUGAGAAUUCUGCCCACUGUGACUUUGUAAAGCUGCGUAACAUGCUUGUCCGCACACACAUGGAAGACUUCAAAGAUGUGACCCGAGAGACGCACUAUGAGAACUACAGGGCCCACUGCAUCCAGAGCAUGACCCGCCGAGUAGUGAAGGAGCGCAACCGCAAUAAGCUUACCCGGGAGAGCGGCACAGACUUCCCCAUCCCUGCAGUGUCCGGGGUCCCAGACAGCGACACCGAAAAACUCAUUCGAGAGAAAGACGAGGAGUUGCGGCGGAUGCAGGAGAUGCUGCAGAAGAUUCAGGACCAAAUGCACACUCAGAACUAUUGA